AUAAAAAAUUGAGCAAGAAAUGCCUCGUUAGUAUAAAGUGUUUGCUCACUUAAAGAAACUAUUCAAAGGUUACUCUCACUCGAGCUUAGAAACUGUCUUUCUGACUUGUCAUCUUUGCCUAAAAGGUUGGCCAGAACUUGUAGGGUAUCCGAUGAAUUGUAUAGUGAUAAUUUGGAAAUGAAAGGAUUAAAGUGAUAAUCUGGGGUCAAUAGUUUCGAGUGGCAGAGCUGUGAAGUCAACUGAGAACCCGCGUACUUACUUUGAUUUUUCUUUCCUUUUUCAUUCGUUAAACGUCUUAUUCUCUUCACUAUCUUCUUCUCUGCAAUUCUCUGCUCUGCUUCCUUCCAAUUAUCUGCUUCUGCUUCCUUCCAAUUCUCUGCAAAGAUCCCAUCAUGGCUGUGGAGUACAUUGGAGGAUCAAUUCUCUCUGCUGUCAUUGAGGUUCUGGGCGAGAAGCUGACCACUCCUGAGAUUCUGGGCUUCUUCAAAAGCCACAAGCUCAAAGAUGGUCUUCUCGGAAAGUUGAAAGAAACACUGAAUACUCUCAACGGACUUCUCGACGACGCGGAGGAGAAGCAGGUUACCAAGCCUGCUGUGCAGAGGUGGCUUAAUGAUGCUAGACAUGCUGUGUAUGAGGCUGAGGACUUAAUGGAGGUGAUUGAAUAUGAACAUCUACGAUCCAAGGAUAUUAAAGCUGCCUCUCGACGUGUGAGGAAUCGGGUAAGGAAUUUGUUUCCAAUUCUUAAUCCAGCUAAUAAAAGGAUGAAAGAGAUGGAAGCAGGGUUACAAAAGAUCUAUGAGAAGCUUGAACGUUUAGUUAAACACAAGGGUGAUCUGCGCCACAUAGAAUGUAAUGGUGCAGGGAGACCAUUGUCAGAGAAAACAACUCCUGUGGUUGAUGAAUCUCAUGUAUAUGGAAGGGAAGCUGAUAAGGAAGCCAUAAUGAAGUCCUUGUUGACAAAAAACAAUACAAAUGGCGCAAAUGUAGGUGUGAUUCCUAUUGUGGGCAUGGGAGGGAUUGGUAAAACCACUCUUGCUCAGCUUAUCUACAAAGACAGAAGGGUAGAUAAGUGCUUCGAGCUCAAAGCCUGGGUCUGGGCUUCUCAACAAUUUGACGUCACCAGGAUAGUUGAUGAUAUUCUUAAGAAGAUCAACGCAGGUACUUGCGGCACCAAAGAACCAGAUGAAUCUCUAAUGGAGGCAUUGAAAGGGAAAAAACUUCUACUUGUUCUAGAUGAUGCGUGGAACAUUGUGUACAAUGAAUGGGUUAAAUUACUGCUGCCUUUGCAGUAUGCGGAGCCUGGAAGUAGGAUUGUCGUGACAACACGGAAUGAAGAUGUAGCAAAAGUCACGCAAACUGUCAUCCCUUCUCACCAUUUGAAGGGAAUAUGCGAUGAAGAUUGCUGGCAGUUGUUUGCAAGGCAUGCAUUUAGCAGUGCAAAUUCUGGAGCAUUCUCACACUUGGAAACAUUUGGCAGAGAAAUAGCGAGAAAGUGCAAAGGUUUACCGCUGGCAGCGAAAACUCUUGGGGGUCUUUUGCACUCUGUAGGAGAUGUCAAGGAAUGGGAGAAGAUAUCCAAGAGCAGGAUGUGGGGUUUAUCGAAUGAAAACAUCCCUCCAGCUCUAACAUUGAGCUAUUAUCAUCUCCCUUCACACCUGAAACGUUGUUUUGCUUAUUGUGCAAUAUUUCCCAAGGGUUAUGUAUUUGAGAAGAAUCAAGUAAUCACUUCAUGGAUGGCACAAGGUUUUUUAGUCCAGUCCAGAGGCGUUGAGGAGAUGGAAGAAAUAGGUGACAAAUACUUCAAUGACCUUGUCUCCAGGUCAUUGUUUCAGCAAUCACUUUACGCCCCAUCAUAUUUCAGCAUGCACGAUCUCACAAGUGAUCUAGCUGAAUACAUGUCAGGAGAAUUCUGCUUUAAAUUUGUUAUGGAUGGAGAAUCGGGCUCUGGGUUGGAGGGUGACAAUUCAUGCACGCUUCCAGAAAGGACUCGUCAUUUAUCAAUCACUUCAACACUAUCUGAUGGGGUCUCUAAGAUAUUUCCUCGCAUUCAUGGAGUCCAACAUUUGCGCACCUUGUCUCCACUAACAUACGUGGGGGGGAUUGAUAGUGAGGUGCUGAAUGACAUGUUGACAAAUCUUAAGCGCUUGCGAACGCUAUCUUUAUAUCGGUGGAGCUAUAAAUCUUCUCGGUUGCCCAAUUCCAUCGGCAACUUGAAACAUUUGCGGCACUUGGACCUUUCUCAGACAUUAAUUAAACGGUUGCCCGAAAGUGUGAGCACCUUGUACUAUUUGCAAACUCUAUUGUUAAGAGAGUGUCGACAUCUCAUGGAGUUGCCAUCCAACAUUUCGAACUUGGUCGACUUACAACAUCUUGAUAUUGAAGGGACAAAUUUGAAAGAGAUGCCACCAAAAAUGGGGAAACUCACAAAGCUUCGAACUUUGCAAUAUUACAUUGUGGGAAAAGAGAGUGGGUCUAGCAUGAAAGAGCUGGGGAAGCUCUCACAUGUAAGGAAAAAACUUUCUAUUCGGAAUCUCAGAGAUGUUGCAAAUGCUCAAGAUGCUUUGGAUGCUAAUUUGAAGGGUAAGAAGAAGAUUGAGAAGCUGAGGUUGAUAUGGGUUGGCAAUACGGAUGACACACAACAUGAGAGAGACGUGCUUGAGAAAUUGGAGCCUUCUGAAAAUGUGAAACAGCUUGCCAUUACUGGUUAUGGGGGUACGAUGUUUCCAGGUUGGUUUGGAAGCUCUUCCUUCUCAAAUAUGGUAGCGUUGACACUUUCUGGAUGUAAGAACUGCAUCUCCUUACCACCACUGGGGCAGCUUUCAUCUCUAGAAGAGCUCCAAAUUAAAGGAUUUGAUGAAGUCGUGGCAGUUGGCUCUGAGUUCUAUGGAAGUGACUCUUCGAUGGAGAAGCCAUUUAAAUCCCUCAAAAUAUUGAAGUUUGAGGGGAUGAAAAAAUGGCAGGAAUGGAAUACAGAUGUAGCUGGUGCUUUCCCUCAUCUUGCAAAGCUCUUGAUAGCAGGCUGUCCCGAGUUAACAAAUGGCUUGCCUAAUCACCUUCCUUCUUUAUUGAUACUUGAGAUUCGAGCGUGUCCACAGCUUGUGGUUUCAAUUCCAGAGGCUCCCCUGCUCACCGAAAUCAAUGUAUUUGAUGGUUCUAGUGGUCGUAUAAAUGCAUCGGUAUUAUAUGGCGGCGGGCGGUGCCUUCAAUUUAGGGAAUAUCCCCAACUGAAGGGAAUGGAGCAAAUGAGUCAUGUGGAUCCCUCUUCUUUCACAGAUGUUGAAAUCGAUAGAUGUAGUUCAUUUAACUCCUGCCGGCUAGACCUUUUACCCCAGGUAUCCACACUUACAGUCAAACAAUGUCUCAAUCUGGAAUCUCUUUGUAUAGGCGAGAGAUCUCUUCCUGCUCUCCGUCGUUUAACUGUCAGACACUGUCCUAAUUUGGUGUCUUUCCCCGAAGGAGGACUAGCUGCCCCAGAUUUGACAAGCCUUGUGUUAGAGGGUUGCUUAUAUUUGAAGUCUUUGCCAGAAAACAUGCAUUCCCUCCUCCCUUCCCUUGAGGAUUUGCAAUUGAGAUCACUUCCAGAAGUUGAUUCGUUUCCCGAAGGAGGUUUACCCUCCAAAUUACACACACUUUGCAUUGUGGAUUGUAUCAAGCUCAAGGUAUGUGGUUUGCAAGCACUCCCUUCUCUUUCAUGCUUCAGAUUUACUGGGAACGAUGUGGAGUCUUUUGACGAGGAGACGUUGCCCUCUACUCUCAAAACCCUUAAAAUCAAACGUCUGGGAAAUCUGAAGUCUCUGGACUAUAAGGGGCUUCAUCACCUCACCUCUCUUAGGAAAUUGAGUAUCGAGGGUUGCCCUAAGCUUGAGUCCAUAUCAGAGCAGGCGCUUCCCUCCUCCCUUGAAUGCCUUCAUCUCAUGACACUGGAAUCUCUGGACUACAUGGGGCUUCAGCACAUCACCUCUCUUCGAAAAUUGAAGAUCUGGAGUUGUCCAAAGCUUGCAUCGUUGCAGGGGCUGCCUUCUUCCCUUGAAUGCCUUCAAUUAUGGGAUCAGCGAGGUCGGGACUCCAAGGAGCUUCAGCACCUCACCUCUCUUCGCACAUUGAUUCUCAAGAGUCCUAAGCUGGAGUCCCUUCCAGAAGACAUGCUUCCCUCCUCCCUUGAAAACCUUGAAAUCUUGAAUCUUGAAGAUCUGGAAUAUAAGGGGCUUCGGCACCUCACCUCCCUUCGUAAAUUACGCAUCUCUAGUUCUCCCAAGCUUGAGUCCGUGCCAGGUGAGGGGCUGCCCUCCUCCCUUGUAUCUCUUCAAAUCUCAGAUCUCAGAAAUCUUAAAUCUCUGAACUAUAUGGGGCUUCAACACUUCACCUCUCUUCGCAAAUUGUUGAUCUCGCAUUCUCCUAAGCUUGAGUUCAUGCCAGAAGAAGGGCUGCCCUCCUCCCUUGAAUAUCUUAAGAUUAUCGAUUGUCCUUUGCUGGCCACAAGGUGUGAAAGGGAGACAGGGGAAGAUUGGCCCAAAAUUUCUCACAUCCGCAGUAUAAAAAUUUCUAAUUAGAGGAUGAAGAAUUAUGCAAUAACAGUCUCCUGUCAUUUGUCCAACGUGCUCAGGAUUAAACUCGAUAGAUGGCUACAUGCCCAGGAUGAAAUGAGGAUGAUGGCAAAGUGAAAAGAAAAGGUAAAACCUGAAAGAGAUAACUGCUGGCCAACGAUGCAGCAUUUCAGAAAUCAGGACAUCCAAAAUGAUAUAUUUGAUCCCAGUGCAAGCAACAGAUCCAGAGAUCUUGACAGAGUCGGAUGUUUGCUUGCAUGUGUUGUUAUACUUGGAACUCUGUAUUGCGAACAAGUUUGCCACCUUUUCGCAAACUUGUUGCCAACAAUAUAAGGAAAUUAAGAAAAAAAUUAUCUAAAUUAUUUUCAAA